CCCGACUGUGGCACGCUGCAGGUCUGCGUCCGUGUGCUUUUCUCUCUCUCGCUCUCUGGUGUUUGGCUCUUCCAGGAAGCAAACGGCUCACUGAGCAUCCAUUGCGAGGUUUUCCCCCCUUCUAUUUCUUUUACACCGCUUUUUCACAUGCCGCCGUUAAAGCGCUGGGGGUAGGGGACGCACUGUGACCGACCAAGCAGCGAUGAAUAUGGCGUUUAUUGGGGACGCGGACCCCUUCACCGCUUCGAUACCUGCCACCAAAGUUGAACUGACGGUCUCGUGUAGGAACCUGCUGGAUAGAGACACGUUCUCCAAGUCAGAUCCAAUUUGUGUCCUGUACACUCAAGGAAUAGCCAACAGGGAAUGGAGAGAGUUUGGUAGGACAGAAGUCAUCGACAACACCCUCAACCCCGACUUUGUCCGCAAAUUCAUCCUUGACUAUUUCUUCGAGGAGAGACAGAAUCUACGCUUUGACCUGUAUGAUUUAGACUGCAAGAGUGACAACCUCUCCAGACACGACUUCCUGGGCCAGGCCUUCUGCACACUGGGUGAAAUUGUCGGCUCCCUGGGAAGCCGCUUAGAAAAACCUUUGACUGGAAUCCCAGGAAAGAAAUGUGGCACUAUCAUAGUGAGAGCAGAAGAAGUGAGCAACUGCAGGGAGUCAGUGAUGUUACAGUUUUGUGGGAACAAGCUGGAUAAGAAGGAUUUCUUCGGAAAAUCGGAUCCGUUUCUCGUGUUUUACCGCAGCAACGAGGACGGAUCGUACACCAUCUGCCACAAAACAGAGGUGGUGAAGAAUACUCUGGAUCCAGUGUGGCAGGCUUUUAAAAUUCCCGUCAGGGCGCUGUGUAAUGGUGACUAUGACAGGAGCAUUAAGGUGGAGGUGUACGACUGGGACAGAGAUGGAGGCCACGAUUUCAUUGGAGAGUUCAGUACAAGCUACAGAGAAAUGUCCAGAAGCCAGUCACAGUUCCACGUCUAUGAGGUACUAAAUCCAAAGAAGAAAGGGAAGAAGAAGAAAAAGUACCAAAACUCAGGAACGGUCACUCUGCUGUCCUGCCUGGUGGACACUGAGCUGUCCUUCCUGGACUACAUCAGAGGCGGGACUCAGAUUAAUUUCACAGUGGCAAUUGAUUUCACAGCAUCAAAUGGCAACCCAUCCCAGCCCACCUCACUCCAUUACAUGAGCCCUUACCAACUAAAUGACUAUGCCAUGGCACUGCGGGCUGUCGGCGAGAUCAUCCAGGACUACGACAGCGACAAGAUGUUUCCCGCGCUGGGUUUUGGUGCCAAGCUUCCCCCAGAUGGACGGGUCUCACAUGAGUUUGCCCUGAAUGGUAAUCCACAAAACCCAUACUGCACUGGUAUUGAGGGUGUGAUGGAGGCCUAUUACCAGAGUCUCAAGAGUGUACGUCUUUAUGGACCCACCCACUUCUCCCCUGUUAUUAACCACGUGGCCAGGUAUGCCUCAGCAGUGACAGACGGCUCACAGUACUUCAUCCUGCUCAUCAUCUCUGAUGGCGUGAUCACAGACAUGGCGCAGACCAAGGAGUCCAUAGUAAAUGCCUCGUCUCUGCCCAUGUCAAUUAUAAUAGUUGGGGUUGGACCAGCGGAAUUCGAUGAAAUGAUUGAGCUGGAUGGGGACGAAGAGAGGAUCUCAUCCCAAGGACGAUACGCGGAGAGGGACAUUGUUCAGUUUGUUCCUUUCAGAGACUACAUUGACCGACGAGGAAAUCACAUCCUCAGCAUGGCCCGUCUGGCUAAAGAAGUGCUGGCUGAAAUUCCCGACCAGUUCCUGUCCUACAUGAGAACCCGGGGGAUCAAACCUGGUCCCUUGCCACCUCCUUACACUCCCUGUCCACCACCAGCUAUCAACCCCCUUCUCACGAGAAGGGUAAGCCGAAUUUAAUGGCUUCCACCCCAGUAUUGGCCAGACGGGUCUACUGUCCUCUCUUUAGGCUUCACUCUUCACUGGAAGCUCCUAAGCACAUGGCAAACUUUGCCCGCAUCUCGCAUGUUGCACUUUUGGGAAUAUUUGGCCGUGAAGGGUGAUGAAGACAGCCCUGAAUGCUCCUUCUGUUUAGAAGAGGAGUGGACAAAACGGUGGGGAUUUUGAAGGGCAGUGGUGGUGGUCUGAAAUCAACGAGCUGCACCAGGAAGAGUAAACAGGAAAGAAACUCGACAGACUGAAUCCAAGCUGUUCCCAUUUCCACUUCCUCUGUCUAAAUCAUGUCACUUGAUAUAUAAAUGUUUACAAAACUGAGGAAUAGAGUGGAUUUUUUUUUCAGGAGGAAAUUUAUACAAAUAAAUGUGAAUACGUUUCAGAGUCCUAUUUUUCAGCUACAGAAACAGGAGGUUCUGACUUUGUACAAAAAUGUUUAGGCCCCAGUGCCAUAUAUAUAUGUAUGGCACUUGGGCCAUAUAUAUCAUUAUUUUUUUUUAAAUAGAAAUAGAGCAUGUGCUAGUUUAUGGAAAAAAAAGCAUGCACUGUUGUCCUGCACUCAGGGCUUUGUCCCUACCACACAACGCCCCACCACCGCUGCCAUGUUCCAUCAUGAACAAACCCACCGGAAAUCUUCCCACGCUCCUAUCGUCUGCUCCAUCCACCUGCCUUGACUCGAAAGGAAGCUGUGCUCCUUGGGAGUCUGGUCAAAUCAAAUGCAACAGGGACUUGAACCAGCCUUACUUUUUUGUCAGAAAACAUUGCUGGCACAAUGGGUUAUGGAAACGUGGAUUUCUCCAAGCCCAGAAGUCAAAAACACACAUUUCACUACCGAACCUGACUGUGUUGUUACGUUUGAGAGUCUUGUUAUUUUCAUGAAACAACACUGUACUUCAGAAGCAUUUCUGGUUUUGGUUUUUGGUUUACAUUUCUCUACCUCUCACAUUGUUCAGUAUUGCCAAAAAAUAUUGUUUAAAAAAAAACAAAACAAGUGUUGGUAGUGAUAUUUGGCAAGUCUGUGGUCCGUCGCACAGUUUUACCUUUCUCACCACGUAUUCAUAAUGUUUGCCAAACUGUACGUUGAGAAUUAUAGCAUUUUGGUUGCUAUCAGAUUAGAUGGCUCACACCUUUGUGGUAGCAACACACUUUUGAUAUGUCCACAGAAAAGAGGUAAAAGUGCAGAUUGCUUUUCUUUUAACAACCGUCUGCAUGGAUCAAAGUAAUGACUGUAACAACAGUGUUUGGGUCCAUGUUUGUCCAUCAGUAUUGUAACUAAAAGUCCUAAAGUUUUUGUACCAUAUAUCUCCUUAAAUUCAGACUCCAUAGAAAACCCAUGUUUCAUCAUCAAAUACUCGCAUCCUGAAGGCUUUAAAGGUGACAGCAGCUGCUCUUUGCUUAGAUUCACAGCAGUGGUUUCAAUUAACACUCUCUCUUUUUCAACAUGGCUGCUAAUAAGUUAUGUAAAUUUGCUUCUUUGUUAUACUCGUUGUUAGCAACAACAGUCGGCAUGGCAUCUAAUAAAAGCUUAAAAUUAGAAGGAAUUUAAUCUGCUUCUUUGGUUUGCUGGACUCCAUAUUAGCUGUAGCCACCUUAGCCGCAUAGAAAGACAUUGACACUACAAGAAAGUGACCCCCUUACUCCGUUUAUACAUUAUGGACCCCUCUGUGCUGUGAAAUAGUGUCUUUGAUACGUCACACUAAAAUAGAUUCCACCUCUCAUCAGUCUUAGGUUAUCUUUAUCAGAAAAAAAAAGAAAUAAGGAUAUAGAAUUUGUCUCUAUUGGUAAAUAAAUGCCCAAAAACUAAUUGUGCUGUUAUAUAUUGCAAUAAUAAUAACAGUAAUGAUAAUAAUAAUGUCUGAUUUACUUAAAAACUCCAACUAUACCAUUGGCUUAGAUACAGCAAGUAUUCUAUAUAUCUCUCAAUAGUAACUGCACUUGUUUGCAUUGUUUGAUUCUGACAGACUUUUAAAAAUUUUCUACCUAAUCGUAGGUCCAUCCAUCUAUUCUCUUCCACUUGUCGUUGUCACGGUCACGGGGGGACAGACAAGUAGGUAACUGUUGCAAUCUGUUGCAGCUGCUGUGAAUCCAAGCUAACCACAGCCGCUCUCCUUUCUAAAGAAGUAAGCUACAGAACUGCUAAAGCCUAUAUGUAUCGAGCGUAGUUUUCAGGUUAUUGCACUGUCACUUUCAGAUAAGUUUCGGCCUUCCCGUUAAUGGGUAUAAGAAAGCAAAGCACAAACCAUGUCCUAUUAGACAAGUAUCAACCACCUUGUCCGGAGGUCCCUUUUAAUCCAUGUAAAUGUCCAAAGAAAAGCAUUUUUUUUCUUUAUACUUUUGAGAUGUGUAGUGUAGAGUUUAUGUGUGUGGUAGGGCCAUAUUUAGUCAAGGAAUAAAUAUAAAAGAAGGUUUACAACACUUUUUUCUAAACUCACACCUCAAAAUAACGAUAUACUUCUUGGCUGGUGAUGCUUAAUGAAUAUGUCUGUUAUAUAAUAUGUUAUGAACUGCUUGUAAAUUCAGUUUCUUAGACGUUUAUACACUGUACAAAAUUUCUGCCUUUUUUGUGUAUUGGUCAGUAUAAUGUAUGUGUAAUGCUGCUUCUUUCUGCUCAUUUAAGUAUGACAUUUUAUACCGAGGCCUGUAAUCAUAUUUAAAUCAUGACUAACAGGCCUUAUCAGUGUUUAUACGUAGGUUAUUCAUAUUUAAAUUAUGAACGACAGGCCUGUAUUUUUUAUAAGCAAACUGUUAGAUAGUGAUGCGUGUUUAAUGUGUGCAAGACAUUUAAAAGCUAAUGAUCAAAUCCACUCCGUAGCAACGUUUUUCUGCCAAAUCUGAAAUACUGUUAAGUGUAGCAUCUCAUCCCAGCUUAUUCAGUUUGACUGAAUAGGGUCCCUCCACGUGGAGGGGAGAGGUGACGGGAUGGCGGGGACCCCGUACAACAGUCGGGAUGUUGAAUUGCAAAAUGUAGCACUAGUUUCAAGACUGGAGCAACGUCAGCCUGAACCAGAUCAGACCAGAUCAGGCAGGAACAGUCUUUUUAUAAGUACAUGUAAAUAUACAGUAUAAUCUGUAUAUAUCGUACGUACGUUUUCUGGAGAGUUGACUUGCAGCAAACUGCCGGCACUCUGUGACUCUCUUCCUGAAACACAAGGCAUGGCCUUUUUAUUUAUUUAUCAAGACAAGAUGUGAGCUUCAUCUCACGCUCACGCUCUCGUAUAUACUGUACAUCCAGUACAUGUAUUUGUGUAUGAAACAUGCAUGACACUUACAUAACAGUGAGGGUUGUAUAAAGAUUAAGGGUUUCCUUCUCUUCCUUCUUCUUCUUGUUUCUGUUUUGAAAUGCAGCUUGUGUUUUGUUUUAUUUUUCAAGAAUUUGCGGGCAACUGUUAAAAAAAUCUAAAUCUGAAUCUAAUUAAAAACCUGCACAUGAUAGAGAAUAAUUUUACCAAUUUAUUUUCUUUUAGUAUCAGUGCAGAAAUCCUCAAAAAUGCCCAUCUGGCAGAGCUAGAGAUCAUUUAAAAAUGGCUCAGGUUCCUACUAAAAGUGUUAGCAUGGGAAGCAUGGUUGACAUUUUCACUAAUUAAACAAAUGGGAGAAAAAUGACCAAAUGCCUCAUCUCUUGCCUGCUAAUUCAGCAUAUUCAUAUGUAGAUAUCUGUUUAUAGAUAUUACCAUUUGCUAUGCUCUGACCCUUGUACUCUGUGCGCCCAUUGAGCUUUCUGGUCUCGUACAGCACAAUAUACAAUGAUAACUAUGGGAGGUGUAGUGCUUUUUUUUGUCCCAAACAAUCAGCCUCUGAUUUUAGUGAAAAGUAAAUGUAACUUGACCUGUCUUUCAUUACACAAUCUUAUAAAAGGGCCAUAAAUAUAUAAAGAGAAUUGAAACUGUUAUCUUGCUGUAACAUUGCCUUGCUUGGUGGCUUGGAUUAUAUAGUUUGUAUAGUUUUAGUUAGAGGGGAACCUGUUUUAUUAAGUCCAUAUUUUAAUCUUGGACUCUAUUAAAGUAGGAUUUUUCUUUGCGUGAAAGCAGCUUCGAAGUCACAGCUAAAAACCUUGUUUAUCCUCCGUCAGAAAGAAACCUUUUUUUUUUUAGCACACUUAACUAUGCCUUUAACACAUUUUUCUACUAACUGGCUGCACCUCACAAAAACAAGUUUUGAACAGCAGUCGGGCAGAUCUUCUCAAAGCCACAGCUGCAUAGCUGGUUAUGUUAUGGAUAAGAGCUGAGCUCUUAGCUCAUACGGGUUAUUUGCACAUUUACGUAUUAUUUCCACCUUUGUAAAAGUAUAAUAGGUACCCUUUAAAAUGAACUCUUAGCCAAUGGGUGUGACAGGAUGUAUAGCAAUCUGAAAUAGCAGUAGCUCCAGAUUAGAGUGCUGCUCUCACCCUUGCUUCAAUAUGGGAAGAAACUCUAAACCUGCCAGCUAUAGAGUGUGGUUAGUUGAUUUUUCUUUUUUUUGUUUUUACUGACAAAAAUGUUUUAUGCAUCGUAAGGAGGUGAGCAUUCAACAGUGUCUUAAACUCAAGAAUUCCAUUAACCCUGAUAAGUCCUCGAGACUAAAAUAUCACAUUCUACAACUAAAUGACUUUAACACUAUCCCAUGUGAGAUUACGUAGAUCGUUUGUUUGGGAUACAUAUGUUUGCCCUCAAGAAGACUUUAGAAAUCACUGAUCCUGUGAGGCUGUGUCAGUGUAGGAGUAACAAUCAAAAGCAUUUAUUGUGUAGGACAGAAAAAAAAAAUCACUACUGGUAAACAAACCAGCUUUAAUGAAGGCUUACACCUCGCUGCCUCCCACUGCUCAUCGUCGCAUCCAUGUCACUCUGCUAAAGCAGUAGCAUGUCAGCAUGCCAGGCCAUGUGAACGCCCAUGUGAUCUGCACAAAUAACAUGAACUCUGUUUGCUGUAAAUUAUCUUGAUAAAGUGGUUUAACUGAAUGCUUGUGAUGAAUAUCCUGUUUUAUCCUGAUGUUUUUUAUAGCAUGGAUUAAAACUGCAUGUGUGCAACUUUUUUUUUUUCUAUCAGACAUGCACCUGUGAGGUUAAAGGAAAAAUUGUACUGUGACAUCUUUGUGUGUUACUUCAGAAUAUUUAAGAGAACAUUUUUGCCUUAAAAAUCUCAAUUGAUUAGUCUUGGAAAUGUCCAAUGCCUUCAGAUGUUUCCUUUGAAGACCAAUUCUUCUUCUCUGAUUGCUUUUCUCUUCUUCUCGUUUUUUUUAGUUUUAUCUUUCGGUACAUUGACGCACGGCCACUUCUCUGUCAGACUCAUCUCGGCAUUGUUCACUCAGACUCAGUGGUUGAAGUGAUGUGAAUAACAGGGUGUAUGAUCCAAACAGAAAAAACAAAACAAGACGAAAAACAAAAAGCUGGACUGUCUUGCUCAGAGGACAGAAUCAUUGGGAUAGUGCUGUGUGGCAUCAUGCAGCCAUGUUUAUUUACUGUGAGAUAAUACUGAAACUGUUCAUCUGCCCCGUUUUAUUUCAUCAGCCCUCAGAAGGCUGAUUCACAACUUUGCAUGAUGCUUGUAGUGGCACACAAGGCCAAUCUAAUAUGAUUUCUCCAUUGAUAUAUAAUUAUUUUAAACCAGUUCUCGAGCUUAGUGAUGUUACAAGACAGCACAGGUUUUACUGUUCUAACAGGAAACAUAGAGGCCACAAACAACUUACUGAUUAAAAUGACUGUUUCUGUAACAACUGACGUCUUUAA